AAGAAACCCCACGUGACCAUAGAGGCGGGAGGACUUGCGGGGUAGAGCGCCUCCGCGCGCCAUGCGCAAACAACGGAAUACUGAGGUGAAACCAUAGAGUUCGGGGGGCGUUUGGCAGAGCGCCUCCCACAGGGCCGCUCUGAGGCGGCUUCCGGCGGAGCUCUGAGGGGGCUUCCGGCGCAGCCGUGAGGCGGAGCGGCCAUGGCGGAGAUCCCCUUCACGCGGGUGGUGUCGGUGACCAGCGCGGACCCGCGUCACCCGGCGGAGAAUCUGCUGAGGCCCGAGGAUGGCGGGAAGUGGAGGGGAGCGGCGGCGGGGGAGAAACAGCUGAGGCGUGGUCUGGGCGACGCCCGCCCCAUUCACUCCCUGCACGUCGGCAACGACGGCGCCGCCUUCGUGGAGGUGCUGCUGGGAUCCUCGGCCGGGGGGGACUUCCAGGUGCUGCUGCCCAGCGCGGCGCUGAUGUCGCCCAGCGAGAGCCGGGCGGGGGCGGGGCCGGGCCGGGUGCGGCUCUUCGGGCCCGAGGCGCUGGUCAAGCGUCCGGCCACGCCCACGGCCAGGUGCGACCGGCUGCAGGUGGUGCUGAGCCAGCCCUACUGCCAGAGCCGCCCCUACGGCCUCGCUUUCAUCCGAGCGUUCGCUGCCCCCGAGGAGGGAGAGGAGCCGGCCCCAGCCCCCGGUGACCGCGCCGCCUGGGUCCGUUCACGCUGCGCCAGGAGGGGGAGGGGAGCCCCCGGCGCCCCGCCCGGGGGCCCUGUGUCUACCAACGCCCCCUCCCCCCACCUCAGCCCCUCCCCCAUCUCCAGUACAGCCCCCUCCCCCAACACAGAUAAGGCCCGUCCCACCUGCCCCUCCCCCACCCCAUUAAACCCCUCCUGCUGCCCCUCCCCCACCCCUGAUGGUCUCUGCCCCUCCCCCAGCCCCCGCCCCUCCCCCCCCCCGGGCCCAGCUACGCCUCGGCCGCGCUGCGGGGGAGCCCCGGGGACGGCGCCCAGCCCCCCAAACGCCGCCUCCCCUCCCCCACCACCACCCCCAAAAAAAAAAACCCCCAAAAAACCCUCCCCUUCCAAAAACCCCCAAAACCCCGGACCCCCCCAAAAUUCAGGACCCCCCCCGAAGCCGGGACCCCCCCCGAAAAGGCGGGGCGGGGGUCCCGUUUUGGGGGGGGUGGUGCUGGCGCUGAGCGGCUUCCAGAACCCUCUGCGGGCCGAGCUGCGCCGGGCGGCCGCGGCGCUGGGCGCCGCCUACCGGCCCGACUGGACCCCCGAGUGCACCCACCUGGUGUGUGCGUUCGCCAGGACGCCGAAGGCGGCGCGGGCGCGGCAGAGGGGAGGGGUCGUGGUGGGGGCCAGGUGGAUUUGGGAGUGCCAGAGGCAGGGGAGGAGGCUGAGCUGCGGGCCGUACCUCCUGGACGGCUCCGCCUCCUCGGGCAGCGAGGGGGAGGAGCCUGAGGAGGCCCCGCCCCCUCCGCGCCCCUCCCCCAAGGCCAAAAAGGGGGCGGAGCCUCCUGGAGAGGAGGAGCCCGUGACUCCGCCCCCCGCGGCGCCGGCCACGCCCCCCGAGUCAGGUGACAGCGGCGGCCAAUCAGACGACCCCUACGGCGGCUCCACCGAGGAGAACAGCGAGGACGAGGAGGGGGAGGGGGAGCCCAUCCCCCCCCUGCCGGAUUUUUUUGAGGACAAAACGUUCUUUUUGCACGGCGCCUUCCCCGAGGGGGAGGGGCGGCGGCUGCGGCGCCUCGUGGUGGCCUUCGGGGGCUCCCUGGCUCCCUCCCUGGACCAAUCAGUGACGCACGUGGUGACGUCACAGGGCUGGGACCCCCGCCUUCGAGGAGCCCCGCCCCCUCAGGCACUGGAGCUCCGCCCCUCGCUGCUCUUCGUGCGCCCCCAUUGGCUGCGGCUCUGCGGGGAGCGGCUCCGCCCCCUGCCGGCCCAGCCCUUCCUGGUGACGUCAUCGGAGUAGCGGUGACGUCAUCGCCGCGGACACGCCCCCUUUGUGAGCCACGCCCCCUUUCCUCAGCGCUAAUAAAGAGAAUUUGGGUAGAAA